GUUUUGUAGCAUCUCUUCCUCUCGUUGUUAACAUGGUGACAGCUAGAAUGGGAAUCAGUUUUCUGAUAUUGGCUUCAUUCACCAACUACUUUGUCAUCUUUCUAUGUUUGUCUUUGGUUCCCGUGUCAACACAAGAUGACAAGAUCACGUGCUCUAUACCGUCUGUGGAGCGGUUUCAGGAUACUGUCCUGACAUGUCACUUCCCCGAGGACCUCAGUGUCACCAAGAAGGACUUCACGGUCUACCAUUACGUUGAGCAGGGUAACCCGGAGUCUGUACUAGACUGCUGGUGGGUUCGAGGUUCACAGGAAUGUUACUCAAAACCAGGAUUCACCUACGACAAGAGGUCAAACCCUCAACCUUACUGUCGAUCGUGUGAUGGCAAACAACAGAUGCAACAUUUCAAAGGGAACAACGACUCCCAGAUCACCUUGACCUGUUUCUUUAAUGAGGACAUCAAGAAAGACGCAGAAAAAUUUAACUGUGUACAAGCACAAUGA